AUGGCAUCUCAAUUCCCGUCAGAGUCCCUCCGAACACUAGUCCAAGAAAUUGCAUCGCUAUUGAAGGAGCGGCAUGAGAGCGUGUCCGUUGCAGAGACCGCAGCUGGUGGCCUUAUAUCUGCCAGCUUAUUGAGCUACCCCGGUGCGUCUGGGUAUUACAAAGGUGGACUCACGCUAUACACGUUGGAGUCACGCAUAGCAUUUGCCGGCUGGACCAAGGACUCGGUCAAGGACUACACGGGUCCAACGCCGGCCAUCGUGGCCGGGCUCGCCGAGCACACACGCAAGACGCUUGGAAGCACGUACACUGUGUCAGAGAGCGGUACCGCCGGGCCAACGGGUGGGCAGACUAGAAAUCGCACGCCGGGAUAUCUAGCGCUAGCCGUGAGCUCGGAAAAGGGAACGGCGACGCGGGAGGUAGAAACUGGGCUGGGAGGAGACAGAGAGGCGAACAUGCUGAGAUUUGCUGAAGAGGGACUGAAGCUUUUGAAAGAUGUCAUUACGGGCAAAGAGAAGCUAUGA